AUGGUUAAUCACCCACCCCAAGUCAAAAUUUCACUGUUCUCCCCACCGGAGGGCGACUACACCACCACAGGUCCCUUCGAAUUGGCAAUAGAAAACAACCUGUUCAAUGUAUAUGCAUUGUUCUCAUACUUCGAAGGCUAUGGUGGCAAAGGAAAAUCAUGUGGAAAGCUGACUGUCAAUGUGUUUCAUCAGGUGACAGACUCAGAAGCUCUGGUGCAAUGCAAAGAUGAUGAUGUUGAUACCCUCCAUUGUCUGAUCCUCUGCUCACAGAAUGGUGCACAGGAUGUCAAGUGGAGUAUGAAUCUGAAGCUGGAGGAUGUGAAGAAGCAGGGAUCUGCACUGGAGAUUGCAUUAGAUCAAGUGUCCUCUCUGCUCAUGUUUAUUGAAGCAAAUGGCAACACCGAUGGUUUGUAUGAAACAGUGCCAUGA